ACACUCUGCACAAAUUAGAGAAUCUGAAUCACACACACAGUGGGAGAGAAUCUAAAAAAGAAAAACUAGAAAUUUUAUUUAAAAACAAAAAAGCGAACGCUCUUCGAUUUCAAAACUGUAGCUAAAAAGAUCUAAACAUUGUUGUUUUCUUUUGCUUUGCGUUGGUUCUCGAUUUCGGACACUCUCUCGCUCUCUCUCUCCCUCUCUAGGGUUUCUUACGGUCGGCACGAUCAUUACCUAUUCGGUGAUCACACAAGACGCUACUGUUUAGGAGCUGUUCUGUUUCCUACUUGAAGAGUGAUCUCUAGGGUUUUGGGGAAGCAAAGGAUUCUUGAAUCUUAAGACAUUAUGUUCUUCCAAACUGGAUAGAAUGGUUAUGCAGGGUGAAAGUUCAAAAGUUUUUGAAGGGACUAUCCUUGAAUCCAGCAGAAUGAUAAGUGAUAUUUGCAAACUUCAGUGCUGAUUUUGUUUCUGGUCAUGCUUGGAUGAUUGUUGUGUGGUGGGGAAAUUUUACGUCAGCUGCUGUAGUGAUUUGAGAUAGAUAUUUCUUUUGCCCGGAAUAAGGAGUUUAAUGUUUAUAUAUGUACAUUUAGGAUGCAAAAAAAUUGAUUUUGAAACAUGGAUGACUUCAGAGAAUCUGAGAUUCUGCUUUCCAGUUGGAUUAGCAAGAACCCAUCUGAACUGGCAGAAUCUCGUCUCUUCAUUAUCUCUUGCUUUAUUGCUGGCCUAGUUGGGAUCCUGACUAUAGCGUACACUGCCUUCCAAUGGAGAAGAAACAUCAAUCUCGGUUGGAUGAAAGCCAUAGCCAGAUCAAAGAAAAACCCGAAGGCAAGGAACAAGGUUCCUGUAGCUCCACAUACUUGGGACUUGGAAUCUGUGUCUCGUGGGAAAAGUUUAAACUGUUGUGUAUGCUUAAAAUCUAUGUCUCCUUCCCAGGCUCUUGGACCAAUGGUGGCUUCAGACAGUUUUAUCCACCGUUGUAGCAUAUGUGGUGCUGCAGCUCAUCUGAGCUGCUCCUCAAAUGCACACCAGGAUUGUAAGUGUGUAUCUAUGGUUGGAUAUGAGCAUGUGAUGCACCAAUGGGCUGUUCGGUGGACAGAGGUCGCAGAUCAACCUGAUGAAACUUCUUUCUGUAGCCAUUGUGAUGAACCGUGCAGUGGGUCUUUCCUUGGGGGAUCUCCAAUUUGGUGUUGCUUAUGGUGUCAACGGCUUGUACAUGUUGACUGCCACGGUAGCAUGUCUAAUGAAACAGGUGAUAUUUGUGAUAUAGGCCCUUUUAGAAGGCUAAUCUUGUCACCGCUUUUUGUUAAGGAACUUAGCCGCAUGUCCCCCGGUGGCUUUUUGAGUUCUAUUACACAUGGAGCCAAUGAGAUUGCAUCUUCUGUUCGCGCUAGUAUUAUAAGUCAAAGCAAGAAAUACAAACAGGGAAACGAGGCAACCACAGAUACAGGUACCGGCAGUAGUAUUGGCAGCACGUCCACAGACAGCACGGCAGAUACCCAUCAACCAGUUAAUGGUUCUCAUAAAAUGGAGGAGAGCUUUGCUGAUAGCGCAAUCAAUGGGGAUUUGGAUCAUAACCAUGACAACGAUGUUAAAAAGAUGGAUUCGAAGCCCAGUUUUAGAAGAAGUUUAUCACUGAACCAGAAGGAAGAGUCUCAGAUAUUAGGGAUGAAACAGCGAUAUGAGUUGAUUGAUUUGCCUCCGGAUGCAAGGCCCCUGUUAGUUUUCAUUAACAAGAAGAGUGGGGCUCAGCGCGGAGAUUCACUCAGACAGCGUUUGAACAUCCUUCUGAAUCCUGUCCAGGUUUUUGAGUUGAGCUCGACACAGGGGCCAGAGAUGGGUCUCUAUUUGUUUAGAAGAGUGCCACACUUCAGAAUUCUUGUCUGUGGAGGAGAUGGUACUGUUGGCUGGGUUUUGAAUGCCAUAGAUAAGCAAAAUUUUGUUUCUCCUCCUCCAGUUGCCAUUCUUCCUGCAGGGACGGGAAAUGACUUGGCCCGAGUUUUGUCCUGGGGAGGUGGUUUGGGCUCAGUGGAGAGACAAGGUGGUCUUUGCACGGUGUUGCAUCACAUAGAACAUGCUGCAGUAACCAUUCUGGAUAGAUGGAAGAUAGCAAUUGUAAACAAACAGGGCAAACAACUCCAAUCACCAAAAUACAUGAACAACUAUCUUGGGGUUGGAUGUGAUGCAAAGGUUGCUCUAGAAAUCCAUAAUCUAAGAGAGGAGAACCCAGAGAAGUUCUAUAACCAGUUUAUGAAUAAAGUUCUUUAUGCAAGAGAAGGCGCUAAGGGUAUCAUGGAUAGGACACUUGCAGAUUUCCCUUGGCAAGUUCGAGUGGAAGUGGAUGGUACUGAGAUUGAGGUCCCUGAGGAUGCAGAAGGUGUUCUUGUUGCUAAUAUUGGCAGCUACAUGGGUGGUGUAGAUUUGUGGCAAAAUGAGGAUGAAACUUACGAUAAUUUUGAUCCGCAGUCAAUGCAUGAUAAGAUACUGGAGGUUGUGAGCAUAUCAGGGACAUGGCAUCUUGGCAAGCUUCAGGUGGGGCUUUCUCGGGCUCGUAGGCUUGCGCAAGGACAGUCAAUUAAGAUCCAGCUUUUGGCCGCAUUGCCUGUUCAAAUAGAUGGAGAGCCUUGGCUUCAGCAACCAUGUACAUUGGCCAUAUCACAUCAUGGCCAGGCUUUCAUGUUGAGGAGAGCAGCAGAGGAACCUCUUGGUCAUGCAGCUGCAAUAAUUGCUGAUGUACUUGAUAAUGCUGAAACCAAUCACGUGAUUAAUGCCUCGCAGAAGCGAUCUCUUCUUCAAGAAAUGGCACUGAGGCUGUCCUAGAGGCAUUCAUGUGAAGAGAGCGCGUAUGUGUUAUGCAGCUGCUAUUGCCGAUGUGUUUGAGAAUGCUGAAACAGAUCACAUGAUGAAGUCAACACAUCACAGAAGUGAGCUCUUUUCAAGAAAUGGCACCGAAUCUAGCCGUCUCCCCUAUCCACGUUAAUCAGUUGGGAUUUUGUUGCUGCCAGUGUUUUGGAGUGUACUUGAAAAGUGAUUUAUAUACAUCCAGGGCAUCUUUGUUUCAUAUGUAAUAUUAAUUCAAACCAAACUCAAUGCUGCUACCUGAAGCAUGCUUGUAAAUGAAACUUGAUUAAAUUUAAUACAUAGAGGGAGUUUUUGAGGCGGCCUUACCAUUA